AUGGACGAGGAUCACGACCGCAUGUACGUGGGGAGCAAAGAUUACUUCCUGUCUCUGGAUCUACAUCACAUCAAUAACCAGCCGCUCAUCAUCCACUGGCCAGUUUCAGCACAGAAGAAGAUGGAGUGUGUGCUGAGCGGAAAGGACGACAAUGGUGAGUGCGGGAACUUUGUGCGUCUGAUCGAGCCGUGGAACAGAACCCACCUGUACGUCUGUGGGACUGGAGCCUACAACCCUGUGUGCACCUACAUCAACCGAGGACAGCGCGCCAUGGCGGCGCUUCACCUGCAGACGCCUCAGACUAAAGGCAGGACGAGUCGAGCGGCUGAGCUGGAGACCUUAACCGACGAGAAAGGACUGCAGGAAUACGUCUUUCACCUGGAACCAGGCAACGAGGAGUCGGGCAAAGGGAAGUGCCCGUACGACCCGAAGCUGAACAGCGUCUCCGCCCUGAUCAACGGAGAACUCUACGCCGGCGUGUACCUCGACUUCAUGGGAACGGACUCGGCUAUUUUCCGAACCAUGGGCGGGAACACGGCCAUGCGGACGGACCAGUACAACUCCCGCUGGCUGAACGAUCCGGCGUUCGUCCACGUGCACCUGAUCCCCGACAGCGCCGAGAGGAACGACGACAAGCUCUACUUCUUCUUCAGGGAGACGUCUCUGGACGCGGGCCAGAGCCCGAAAUCGGAGGCACGCAUCGGCCGCAUCUGUCUGAACGACGAUGGUGGCCACUGCUGUCUGGUGAACAAGUGGAGCACGUUCCUCAAGGCCCGCCUCAUCUGCUCGGUCCCGGGGGCUGAUGGGAUCGAGACCCACUUCGACGAGCUCCGAGACGUCUACAUCCAGACCACACAGGACACCAAGAACCCGGUCAUCUACGGGGUCUUCUCCGUCUCCGGGUCGGUGUUUAAAGGCUCGGCGGUUUGCGUUUACUCCAUGGCGGACGUCCGGAUGGUGUUUAACGGUCCGUUCUCACACAAAGAGGGUCCGAACUACCAGUGGGUGGCGUACAAGGGGAAACUCCCGUACCCGCGACCAGGAACGUGCCCUGGCGGGACCUUCACGCCCAACAUGAAGUCCACCAAGGACUACCCAGACGAGGUCAUCAACUUUAUGCGCAACCACCCCACCAUGUACAACGCCGUGUACCCCGUCCACAAGCGCCCCCUGGUGGUGAGGACCAACGUGGACUACGAGUUCACCACCAUCGCAGUGGAUCAGGUGACGGCGGCCGACGGAAGCUACGAGGUGCUCUUCCUGGGAACAGACAGAGGGACGGUGCAGAAGGUGAUCGUGCUGCCCCGGGACGACCUGCAGACGGAGGAGCUGGUCCUCGAGGAGGUCGAGGUCUUCAAGUUUCCGACUCCGAUCACCACCAUGAAGAUUUCGUCUAAGAGGCAACAGCUGUACGUGGCAUCGGCGGUUGGCGUGACCCAGCUGGCGCUGCACAGGUGUGACGUCUACGGUGAGGUGUGUGCCGACUGCUGCCUGGCACGAGACCCGUACUGCGCCUGGGACGGCAAAUCCUGCUCCCGCUACUCGGCGUCACAGAAGAGGCGCAGUCGGAGGCAGGACGUGAAGUACGGGAACCCCAUCCGCCAGUGCAGGGGGUACAACUCCAACGUGAAUAAGAACACGCUGGAGACGGCGCAGUACGGCGUGGAGAGCAGCAGCACCUUCCUGGAGUGUCAGGCCAAGUCACCACACGCCACCGUCAAGUGGCACUUCCACAAAGACAACAGUGACCGCAGGAGAGAGGUCCGCUCAGACGGGCGUGUCCUGAAGACGGAUCAGGGUCUGCUCCUGCGCUCGCUGCAGCCGUCCGACUCGGGCGUGUACGUGUGCUCGGCCACCGAGAAGAACUUCAAGCACACGCUGGUGCGGCUGCAGCUGAUGGUUCUGUCCAGCCAGGCGGUGAACAGUGUGCUCCUGGAGAGCGGGUCGCGACCCCAGUCCAGCGCCUGGACGCCCAGCACCGGCCAGUACCGCGAGCUCCUGAGCAUCCUUAGCCAGCCCGAGAUGGGCCUCAUCAACCAGUACUGCCACGACUACUGGCAGCUCGGCGACGCCCAGAGAGACGGGGGCGGGGUCAGGCCCGGCGAGCUCAACGAGCAGAAGAAACCGCGCGGGCGCCGACAUCACCGCGGAGACGAGGACGAUGAGGACGAAGAGGAGACAUGAGGGACCGCGGGAACGCGGCACGGACUCGAGAUUUUAAAAGCGCUGUGUGUGUGUGUGGGAGUGUGUGUGUG